UGCAGAGACGAAAGCGAACGGAAAAAGCCGAGUGGAAAACGAGUCGACCUGCGACCAUUUUCGCGAUAGCGUUCGCCAUCAUUGAAGUCUUUAGUCUGCAGUAGUGUUACCUUUUUCUAAAAACCCAGAGACGAUGCCGUCUUUGUUAUUUUGCGGCCCAAAAUUAGCCGCCUGUGGGAUUGUAUUAAGCAUCUGGGGAGUCAUUAUGUUGGCGAUGUUGGGGAUCUUCUUUAGUGCAAAAUCCGCUGUGCUGAUCGAGGACGUUCCCUUUACUGAGGAAGACAUCAGAAACGACAAAAACCCGCCCCAGGCAAUCUACAGCCUGUACAACCAAGUGGCCAUCAACUGCUUCAUUGCUGCUGCCGUUUAUGUUGGAGUGGGUGCGAUUUCUCUGUGCCAGGUUCGCCUGAACAAGCGGCAGGAGUACAUGGUGACAUAAGUGGAGGAUGUCAAGCAGUCCACAAAUCUUCCCAAAAUUAUUUAUUUUCAGAUUAGUUUAUUUAUUAAAAAGGAUUGGUUGUAGUAGCAGUUCAAGUUUUGCGUCUUUAGAAAAUGUUACAUGGAAAAUAUAGAUACAAAUGAUGUGUAAUCUAUUGGUGAUAAGCUAAACAAUUCUACACUUUAAAAUGUUUUUAUGCAUGUAUUUGAAGAUUAAACAUUCCCAGUGAAUAAUAUUUCCAGACUGAGAAGAGUAGUAGUGGCAGUGGUGGCUCAACUGGUUAAGGCUCUGGGUUGUUGAUCGGAGGAUCACAGCCAAGCUGCCACUGCUGGGCCCUUGAGCAAGGCCUUCAACCAUUCCUGCUCCAGGGGUGCUGUAUCAUAGCUGCCCCUGCACUCUGAUCCCAACCUCCUCAGUUGGGGUAUGUGAAGAAAAUAAUUCCUGCUGUAAUGUAUAUGUGGCGAUUAAUAAACGCUUCUGUGCCCCCAUUCUAUUCUAUUAGAUUCUAUUCUAGAAUGUAGAAUAAAUAAAUCACUGAACCACAAAAAGGGCAGCUGUUGAUGAGAAAUUAUUCUGCAGCACUAUAAGGAGUGACUAGUAUAAAAACCUGUUUAUGUUUUAAUGUGUGGCUUUUUAGAGUAAGAAAAAUGUUAUUUAUUCAGUGAAUUAUGUAUUCAUCUUUUCGUAUUGAAAAUUGUAUUUCCUCCGCCUGUGUUUCACUCCAUUCCCUGUCUACAUUACACGAAUGUGAUUUUGAUUGCAGUGUGGAAAUAAAAUGGAAAUAAAAGACUUAUCAGUUAAA